GUUUGACUAGUACACAACUUGUUUUUUGGUUUUAGGCUGAAACCUUAUUAAAUAAGAUGUUCAACCUCCAUUUGAAUGCACACACUUUUUCAUAUCAACAUGGGUGGAGUUGGAUUUGGAAGAGGGUUUCAAAUUCUCAUCUUCCUAUCAUUUUUCUUUCCAAUCAAAACGAUAUCAAAAAACAAUUCACCAUCUAAUGCACUUUGCAUUGAAAUGGAGAGAAAUGCACUUUUGAGAUUCAAGAAAGAGCUUCAAGAUCCGUCAAAUCGUCUUUCAUCAUGGAUUCUUGAAGUAGAUUGUUGCAAGUGGAUUGGUAUUCAUUGCGAUAAUUCAACCGGCCAUGUCAAGAAGCUUGAUCUCUCAAAUGUUCAAUAUGUUAAAUGGCCAAUUGAAGAAGAGUUUAUUUCUUUUAGAAACUCCCCGUUGAAGGGAAAUUUAAGCAACUCAAUCUUGAAUUUGAAAUAUAUAAGUCACAUCGAUUUGAGUUAUAAUGAUUUUGGAGGGACUCAGAUUCCAAAAUUUUUUAGAUCACUUAUAAGUUUGAAUCAUCUUGUUCUCAGAAAGUCGAUAUUUCAAGGAUUGAUACCUCAUCAGCUUGGAAAUCUAUCAAACUUGCAACGACUUGAUUUGCGAGGGACUAUACCAGGAUCGAUAACAUCACUUGGCAACUUAAGGAAAAUUUGUAUAUCAGGGAAUCAAAUUUCAGGUCCCAUUCCAGAGCACAUAGGAAACUUAUCUUCAUUAGAAUAUUUGGAUCUUUCUAGUAAUGAAUUGAGUGGAACUCUUCCAGAAAGCAUAGGAUUGCUGUCAAGUUUAAAACAUCUAUUGAUUUAUGAUAAUCACUUUGAAGGCAUUAUAUCAGAAGUUCACUUUGCAAAUCUCAGGAGUUUGAAGUAUCUAGUAAUGUCAGAAAAUAAUUUGACAUUAAGCUUCUCUGUUGGGUGGGAACCUCCUUUCAACCUUAUUAGUAUAGAAUUGAGAUCUUGCAACUUAGGUCCCAGAUUUCCCAAAUGGCUUAAGUCACAGAAGAAUUUUUAUUCAAUCAGUCUUUCUAAUGCAAAAAUUGUAGACACCGUCCCAGAUUGGUUUUGGAAUUUGUCUACAUCAUAUGAAUACUUGGAUCUCGCUUACAACAAACUGUCGGGUAAAAUUCCUGAUUUUCUUCUUGAUGCUUCAAACACAGUUAUAUGCCUUCGUUCCAAUAAAUUUCAUGGCAACUUACAUCGCAUAUCAUCUCAUGUUUCCCAACUUGAUCUUUCUAAUAAUUCAUUUGUUGGAAGCAUGUCUCACUUCUUAUGUCAUCCCAUAAGUCGAAAUAACCGAUUGAUGAUUCUUCAUCUUCAAAACAAUAUUUUGUCAAAACAUAUCCCAGACUGUUGGACAAACUGGAUGUUACUAGAAACUAUGAACUUGGAUAGUAAUAAUUUAUCUGGAAAGCUACCAAGCUCCAUGAGAUUUCUAAUCAACCUAGAGGCUUUGCAUCUACGUAAUAAUAGCUUUUUCGGAAAGAUCCCUCAUUUUCUUAAGAAUUGCUCGAGCUUAAUCACUUUGGAUCUUGAUUUAAAUGCAUUUCACGGAAAAAUUCCAACAUGGAUUGGGACAAAUCUCUCAAAUCUCAUAUUUCUUGGACUUCGAUCUAACCAAUUCAGUGGUUUAAUCCCAAAUGAACUCUGUCAUCUCUCGUAUUUGCAAAUCAUGAACAUUGGCAACAACAACUUGAUUGGGUCUAUACCACAUUGUUUUGGAAAUUUUACAGCCAUGGCUAGUACCAGACAUAAAAAGUAUUAUUUUUACUCCGUCUCUUAUCAUAUGUACCCCGAUGAUCAAUUACCAGAGAUUGCAUAUGUGAUAGCUAAGGGCGAAGAGUUUCAAUAUGACAAAACCCUAUACCUCAUGACAAGCAUGGACCUUUCACACAACAACUUAUCAGGAGAAAUUCCCCAAGAAAUCACCAAUCUUGUGGAAUUGAAAUCUAUGAAUCUUUCGGGAAACAGUCUGAGAGGAAACAUUCCACAACAAAUUGGAAGCAUGACAAACGUGGAGUCUCUUGAUUUAUCAAGAAACCAACUCUCAGGACAAAUACCACAAAGCAUCUCCAAAUUAUCAUCCUUGAGUUACUUGAACUUGUCUUACAAUCACUUGUUGGGUCCAAUUCCAACCAGUACACAACUCCAGAGCUUUGAUCCAUCGAGCUUCCUUGGCAAUGAGUUAUGCGGACUGCCACUGACCAACACUCGUUCAACAGACAAGACGACAUCAAACACAGAGAAUGAAGAUCAAGCAAAAGAAGGUGAUGAAAAUUUCAUUGACCAGUGGUUUUAUUUAAGUGUUGCAAUUGGCUUUGUGGUUGGGUUUUGGGGGAUUUGGGGUCCAUUAUUAAUCAGCCAGACUUGGAGACGUACAUAUUUUAGGCAUAUGAGCUCCUUAUGCCACAAUUUCAGUUAGUGAGUAGUUUUUUUUUUCCUUUUUCUGUUUUAAUUCUUGAAACUGAGUAAAGUAUAUGUUUUGUUGUAACAAUGUAAUAUGUAAUUUUGUGUUGGAUAGUUGAGUUUCACAUUAAGUGUGUGUGUGUGUUUUUUUUUUUUAUUUUGUUGUAAUAUUUUUGUUUAUCGUCUAGAUUUAUUAUUUUGAGAUAUCUAUUGUUGUAUGCAUCAAGUUGUGAUUAAGAAAACUCGUUGUAAUCCAUUAAUUAUUAUAAUGAAAAUUUUGACUUCGAUCCAUA